AUGACCUUAAUAAUCCACGGCGUCACCAUAUCUCCGGUCCUGAACGUCGUCUUGUUCGGCACGACCGAGUUGGGUACCCCGUUCCACUUCCAGGCUAUUCUCAAGCUCUAUGACCACCGAUUUGGCGAGCACCUUCGGAUGCGCCACUGGAAACAUGUGCCUCACACAGCGGCCCGAGAGGCAGAUUUCCAGUCAUAUGUACGGCAGGGGAAGAUGGGCCGCUUUCUCCACCGGAAAGAAGAAGACAGCUACGAUAAUGAUAUUGAGGAUGCUGAUGACGGCGAUGGCGACUGCGAACGAAGCUUCAAGAGCGAGACGGAGGCGUACGAGCGGCUCAAAGAUCUCCAGGGCAAGUUGAUACCGCGAAUGUUCGCGCACGUGCGCCUCGUGAUGCCGUUCCCUGACACGCCCCGAGAUCUUCUGGAGUCUCCAGAGACGGCGCGGUUCCUCGAAGUCAAGGGCGUCAUUGUGGAUUUCAUCCGCGGAUACCCCUUGUCCCAACGACAUACCGACCACCGGGCCCCGCAGAAUGUGGAGGACUGGCAGGACAUAGUACAAGCCGCCGUCGAUGCCGUGCACGAGAUCGACAGCCGCGGCGUGUUAAACAGGGACUGCUCUCCGCGCAAUAUGGUGGUCGACUUCCGCACCCAGACGCCGUUCAUCAUCGACUUUGCGAACCAUGACGAUUCGGAGAUUGAAUAUUGGGAAGAAGUCGUGACGACCAACAAUGAGGGAGCAAUCGGAGCGGUCAUGACGCAGAAACUGCGGCGGCUGAAGGGUCUGGAGCUGGCUAUUCAGUAUGCAAAUAGCGAGAAGAUUCUUGAAGAAAUGAAACGAAGGAAAGGGGUGAAGUCAUCGAAGGACAGGACAGAUAGCAGCGGCUGGAAAAUAUUGCACUUCUAG